AUGAAGGGCCCCUACCAGGCUGCUGGCAGGACCCUGCUUAUUUUAGGGAGCCUCAGCAUCCUCUCUGGAGUGCUUGCCUUCUUCCCCGUCUUCUCUUGCAAUCUUCAGUAUGCAGGAUGGAGCGUUUGGAUCGCCUGUCCCAUCUGGAACGGGGCUUUGGCCAUCACAGCUGGGGCACUUGUGCUGCUUGCUCACCGAGAGUGGAGCCAGAGACACUUGUGGGAAGCUGGCUUCACCUUUGCGGUUCUGAGCAUUAUGGGAUGUCCACUUCAUUUUGCAGUAGCCUUGGAAUCUGCUCUCCUUGGUCCAUAUUGCUUCUACUCCUUUUCAGGGGUGGCAGGGACCAAUUACCUUGGUUACGCAGUUACCUUUCCUUUCCCGUACACGGCGUUCCCAUCAGUCUGCGUGGACCCGCUCCACUAUGAAGCAUAUCACCUGACCCUUCAAGUCCUGGACCUGUGCCUGAGCCUCGUCCUAUUCUGUGUGUCCCUGGCCGUGUUCGUCAAGCUUUCCACACGACUGGUGCAGAACGGACACGUAAAUGUAAACAGUUCCAAGUCUCUCAGCACCAAGCAAAAGUCAUUGUGAGGACUGAAGAGAAAGCCGAGGCCAGCAAGCCCAG